AUGCUGACUGAGCAGUAUGAAAGAGUGAAAAGAUGGCGGAAGAUUCACCAUAGGAGGUCCACCAUCAACGGCAUACUGGCAGGGCCAAUAAUGCACUCGAUCGGGCAAAUCCUCCUUGAGAUAAACCUUCAAAUACUCGCCGUUUUUCACGCUACCCGAUUUCAGCCCUUCAUUCAUCUUAUCCACAAUAUCUCCGGGAGAGUGACUGGCCGGAGGCCAGAUGGCGAGCAGCGGACUGUAAGACUGGACCCACUCUUUCGGAAUCUCGACCCAUUUCACCAAAUCGUCCAAAAAUAUCAACUUCUGAUCGCAGGUGCCCACCAUCCCAUGAUCCCCAACCAUAACAAUGUUCACAUCUUCAAAAAUGCCUCUAUCCUCCAGACCACGAAUCAAUUUCCCAAUCAACCUAUCGAUCUCAAUAACGGCAUCCGUAAUUUGACGAUCAUCGGGCCCCACCUUGUGGCCCUGAUGAUCCGGGUCUUCGAAGUACAAUGUCAUAAACGAAGGAAUUUCGCUACUGGGCAAAUCGAAAUAGCUCAAAACGGUAUCGACCCUCUCCUCGAAAGGCACAGAUUCGUUAUAGAACUUACAGUAGUAUUUAGGGCAGUUCCACGAGCCUUUCUUCACCUCAGAUCCGGGCCAGAAAUAGGUGGAGGCCUUCAAGCCGUGGUUUGCUACGGUCUCCCAGAGAGGUUCGCCCAGCCACCACUUGGGCUCGUGGCUGGCCAUCGUGAACUUGUCGCCGGUGUAAGGAUCCGUGAAGUAGUUGUUGAUGAUGCCGUGGUAGGCCGGGUAGAGUCCGGUGACGAUGGAGUAGUGGUUGGGGAAAGUCAGGGUGGGGAAGACUGGGAUCAGUCCUAG